UCAUGUUAAUAGUUCAAUCGUGUCCCAAAUCAGUUUGCUAGAAUGAUAGCACUUUCAAGAGCUGCUCUUUCUAUGAAUCAUUUUAUUCCAUCAUCAAUGUAUAAAAUUAUUCACAAAACACUGUAUAAAGCUCCUUUUUUAUCUUCUACUCGCCAAUAAAAAGCCGUUCUCUUCCAAGAUUGUGUCCCAAAACCGUUAUUAGCUUCACUUUUUCGAAUCUUGCUACCCAAAGCACAUCUGUCAACUGUCAACGGGCAUCUGACAGCUGCACAGUGCAUGACCUCCCGUUCUAACAAAUUCGAUCAAAACAUCGCAACAAAUGUAAGCAAAACAAAAUUCGCCUUCGUGUUGUUUUUGUGAAAAAGUUUUUCCCUGUCCAUGUUCAGCCUACGCCAAUAAUCAUGCUUGGCAUGUAUCGUUAUACCAUCUUUAAUACUAGCAGCUCAGAAUUGUGUACCAUCUAGAAACAUUAGGGGUGUUAGAAUGUUGUGUGUCGCGCCGUAGUGCAAUUAACCCAGGCAUCAAGGAUGGAGUUUAAGUACGCCAGCUGGAUAGCGCUCAGCGUCGCUGUGUCGAUCAAUCUGUUUGGAGUGUUCUGGGUCACGACGAUGGUUAUCGGUUUGGUGCUUUUCUUGUUCGGGUUUCUAACCAUACUGUACUUACAACAUAGCGAUCUGGACAAAUUUCUCGACAGUGGACUGCUGGAGAAUCCGCUAGAUGAACCGAAAUCGUUGGGACUCAGCAUCGUUUGUGACCCUAAGCCCGGUAAUUUGCUGCUCAUUUCGCCCAACAUCAAAGUGCAAACCGAAUCGAACCGAAACGCGAAAGCGCACCACUCGGCCGGUACGGGCGACUCGGGUACGACCGGUGGCCACGGUACCCGUCGGCGCAACUUUCUCGAUGCCGGUAUCGAGCUGCUGUUCAAGAAGCGCGAACCCCGGACCAGCACCGCUGGUGGUGAGCCGCCGGCGAAGCCAAACGCAAUCACGGAUCACCUUAUGCACCGUGGCCAUUUGCACUUCCACCAACGGGACCAUCAUACCAUUCUAGAUAACAGUCCGGAGAGUGGACCGCUUCACCCGCCGGUACCGACCACCCAUCGGCAGCCAUCGCCCGGAGAGGAACGUAGCCGUUGGAGACCGUUCGAGAGCAUUAAAAUACACACGGACAAGCGGGCGACCGGAACGGAUCACGAGCCGGACAAGCAUCGGAGAAAAGAUGUAGGUAAUGUUUCCAUCGGAGAAGAAGUGUCGGUCGCAUCGACUCCACUGGCCUCGUUUAAAUCUUAUCUCACACACCCGGAGAUACUGCUGCACCACCGUCACGACACUCCACCUGGCUCGCCGAAGAAGAAAAAGAUCCUGAGCGGUAACAAACCGGUCGACAAGCUGAUACACACGAUCCUCGAUUAUGUGGUGCGUGAUUUCAUCGAUUCCUGGUACACGAUCGUGUCGGAUAAUCGAGAAUUUUCGGAGUGCAACAUACGCACCAGCAUCGAAUCGCUCAUCCUGCAAAUCUGUCAACGCGUCCGCUCGGUCGAUCUGCUUCCACUGAUGACGACCCGUCUGAUCGACGAUCUAGCGAAGCAUACGCGCUUCUAUCGGCUUGCCACGCAGGAGGUAGCGAACAGUGCCAACAGCAAGAAAGCGUCCGGUACGGAUCCGAAGCGCAUGAAGAUUCACGAGAAAUUAUCGCCACAGCGACGUAACCUUAAGGUGGAGGGCCAUCGGCGAAACAAGAGCGAGACGGAUCUUACCUGGCAGCUGGGCAAUGCGGCACUGCAGAAGAAUGUGGCCAACUCACGGUUCUACAAUCUGCCCGCCGAUGAACAAUCGCUGAUCGAUCCGGAAACGAUGUUGCUGAAUGCGUUCUUUGGCUUCUGCGAGGAAUAUCGCAGCGAGUGUAUGGAUGCGGAAGCGCUGGACGAUUACUUCAAGCACGUGUCCGAAACGGUGCUUUACUUCGUGCUGCCGGAGGAAGAUUUUAACUGCCUAACGUUGCGUACGUUGCUGUGCAAUCUGCUCGCCAACAGUUUGCUAAAGCCGAUGUUUACCACGCUGGCCGAUCCGGACUUUAUUAACCUGCAGAUUGCGAAACAGUUCACCAAGGAUCCGCCGGCGGGCGAGUUUCUGCUGAAGAUGAUCCGCCAGUCGACCGAUCUGUCGGAGUUGCGCGCGUGCCGGCAGCUUAUUACCAAAGAGAUGGACGCAAAGUACAAGGACAGUAACUGUAGUGCCGAGCUGGCUAGUCUCAAGUACACGCAGAAGCUGAUCGAUCUGAGAAUUAGCCAUUUGCAGAACAACAAGAACGACUUUGGCAAGACGGAAAGGGACAAAGCUUCAACGAAUUUACCACAGCUCAGCCUGGAUGAUAUACUGCGGAAGGAGCUAGCCGUAUUCUACUAUCUGGACUAUCUUAGUGUAUUAAAUCUGCAAAAGUAUGUGAUAUUUUAUCUCACCGCUCAAGAAUGGAAAAUUAGUACCAGCCAAUGUUACUCCGAGAUGCAGGUGAACAAGUCAAAGCUAAGCCGAGAGGAGCUGCUGCGAAGUAUCCGCGAAAAGGCGAGCAGUCUCUACCAAGAGUAUCUGCAAUCCUCCUCACCGAACUAUCUAAACAUUGACCCGGGACUGAUAGAGGCUCUCAAUUUCCGACUGAACGAUCCGUCCAUCCAGCCGGAAAAUACGUGGUUCGAUUCGAUCUGCAAAUACAUCUACGAGAAGCAGAAAAAUGAAGAAGUGUUCCUUAACAACUUCUACCAAAGUGUGGCCUACAAGCAGCUGCUGCGUGAGUUAGACUUUCACAAUGCGCACGAUCAGGAUAUGCCUUCGCUCGAUCAUUUGACCGUUUUUGGUGGGUUGAUGCACAGUGAUAGUGCCAGCGAUACGAACAGCGGUGACAUUCGUUUCGACGAAACGGACGACGAUGAGGAGGGAACGAUUGCCACAACAACAGCUGCUGCUGCUGCAACAACGUCCACCGCAGCACCACCUAUUACGGUGGACAUAAAGGAGGAGCACGAUGUGCGGGCCAGCAGUGUGAUGAAGAAACCGUCCCCGUCGAGCCUUUUCCCCACGACCGUGAACACGAUCAAGCAUGCCCGAUCGCACAGUGACUGUACCGGGAUGUUUGCAGCCAUUAACGAUCUCAACAUCGAGCAGCUACGCCAAUCGUCCGACUGUUCUAGUAACGAUUCGGGCAAUGAGGCGCCGAACGCGGUGCCGACGAGUCGUCGAAUUCCGGCACCACAGCUGUCGGAUGUUGUGCAUCGUUAUGCGGAUGAAUCGAGUCAUCAGGGACAGCAGCACCAUCAUCAUUAUCAGCACCACCACCACCAUCAUCAUCAUCAGUAUAAACAUAAACUGUCCGCACGGAUUAUUAACACGGCUAUUCACUGUGAGGGUCAUUAUGCGGUGUACGCCAUACAGGUGCACGUGAUCGAGGAUAAUCAUCACAAGAGUUGGCACAUCUAUCGACGUUAUUCGAAGUUUCUCGAGCUGAAGAAGCUACUGGUGAAACGUUUUCCCGCCCUCGAUCGUGUACCGUUUCCAGCGAAGAAAACGUUCCAAAACACACAGCGAGCCGUUUUGGAACAUCGGAUGGAAAUAUUGAACCGUUUCCUGGCGGAGAUCUGUGCGAAGGCGGAACUGUCCGAGGAGAUGAUGGCGAUCAUACGCAACUUUCUCGAACCGGACACGGACGAUCGGAAGAUGCACGGUGGACCGGUAGUAAAAACGAUCGAAAGUCUCAAGUCCGGCAUGAGCAAGAUACGGAACAUGCCCGACACGCUCGUCGGUGGCAUUUCGCGCAUGUUUGUGAGCAAAAGCUCACUGAAGGAGCGCAGCUUCUACGACAUACAGGACAUUCCAACGCUCGAACUAAAGCAGUCCGAGUAUCCGGCCCUUGCCUCGGCACUAAAUCUGCUCGACGAGGUGUUCGAUCUGCAGAACAAAUCGCAAUGGUUGCGCCGUGGGCUUAUUAACCGAUUGCUGGGUGCACCUUGGGUUAGUCAUGCGACCAACAAGCGCAUUAUACAGACAGCGAGCAGUCUGCUGGCCGCGGAUAAGCUGGAAGCGAUUCUGUCUUCGAUACUAAAUAAUGUAUGGCCCGAAGGGGAUCGUUUCAAUCCGACCACUCCGCUGCGCGAGGACAGCACUCGUCUGCGCACGAAACUGGCAGCCAAAAUUUCUCUCUUUGCAUUGCUGUCCGACGAUCUGAAGCACGUGGUCGGUUCGGUGACGUGCAACAGUGGGCUGUUGAAUUUCUUCCAAAUGCUACAAAACAAGAAGCUAAACACUCGGCUACUGCUGAUCCUCUUCAACCGGUUGUUGGUGGUGAUCUUACAGACGGAAAACGUCACCAAACACCAGGCACUGCUAUCGUCCGGAGACGCUAGUGGUACGAGCAAUGGCACUGGAACGAACGGAACCGACGACACGGGCACGAUACGCAUUGGAACGCCGGGAAUGGUGUCGGGAUCGCGUAAAGCUUCUCGAUUUUCGUGAAGAGAAAACCGGAAAAAGGGACACGACAAUACACAGGAUAGUUAGAGACCCACCCCCCUCAUUCCAAGCAACACGACAGUAUGACGCGAAACGAAGCUGUAUUAAAUUGAGACGCUAUAUUAGGUUGGCUUUUCUUGUUUCUUGUUUGCCUUCCCCUUUUUAUCAUGCCAUUCCAAGUUUUUUUAAACAAUGUUUAUGUGCUGUUUAUUUUAACGACGCGACCGAGAGAUACUAGGAACGUUUAUUUGUUACUGUUUUUUUACAUUGGCUUUUAAGUAUAUGUGAUGCACAGUGUAUUGCAGCUUUUAAUUCUGUCGAUUACGAUCGCUUAGUUUAGCUCGUCCAGGUUUUUGUAACUACAACUAGACAUUAGGAAAGUGUAGAGUCACAUAUCGGGUGCUUAAAAUAAUAUCCCCCCCCCCCCUUAUCGCUGUAUUUCAUUUCCUUUUGAGGUGGCCUUUUUUACCUUAAAAUAAACAAACUGCUCCCUUCGCUUA